AUGUGUUCUGCGUACACGCCGUUACAGUUGUCGAGAUACUUAGAAUAUCUCUCGCUUCCAUCACAGUAUGAUGCCUACCAACAAAAUCCACAGUCCUUUCCAAAGACAGCUGCUGCUCUGAAAACGCUUUUCCGGUGCCAGGUCACCCGUUUUCCGUAUGAGAAUCUCACGCUGCAUUACCCCGGGACGCAAGUAGUGAACAUCAACCCGACUCCGAUUUAUGAAAAGGUGAUGGGACUAGAGAACGGCAGUCCCACGAAAAGAGGAGGGUACUGCCUUGAAGUCAGCAUAUUUUUCAACCACGUGCUGCGCGGUCUAGGGUUCGAUGUCUAUAUGACUGGUGUUCGAAACAGGCAACGCAUUGACGGCAUACCCCAAGGAGAAUACAGAGGAUGGACACACAUUGUCAACAUCGUUCGUCUUCCUUCUGGAUCAGAGUACCACGUGGAUGCUGCUUUUGGUGGAGACGGCCCAGUCAGUCCGCUGCCUCUAAUAUCCGGGCAAGUCACCAGGAACCUGGGCAACCAAGAAGUCCGUCUUGUCCAAGACAACAUCUCGAAGCAAUCUCGAGCAGAGCAAAAGGUGUGGAUUUACCAGUAUCGCAACGCACCUGAUAAACCAUGGAACGCGUUCUACUGUUUCGCAGAGUUAGAAUUCUUCCAAGAUGACUUCGAAGUUAUCAAUCGAUUUACGAGUUGGGAGGCUAUUGAAAAAGGUAACGUGGUUGUGAAGUUCAUACGAAACAAAGAGAUCGAUGAGCUUCCUUUUGGCGACAGCAUCGUCGCAGAGAAUGCGAAUGCAGACGAUGAGAUUUAUGUCGUCGGAAAAUUGAUGAUGGUGGACAAUGUGGUGAAAGUGAAUAUGGGUGGCAGAACAAGAGUGGUUGAUUCAUUUCAUACAAAAGAGGAAAAGAUCAGAGGGAUAAGAAAAUGGUUCUCAAUUUCUUUUUAG